AUGGCGAGCAGCAUGGCCUCGCCCACUCUGCCCAUCCCCCAGCCCAUCCAGGGCCUCUCUGUCCGCAUCCCCACCCGCGCCCGCAGCAGCAGUCUCGUCAAAGUCGAACAGGUUGGUGAUAAUUCGCAGGAGGAUGCGCUCGACUCCGCAGCGUAUGAAAACAUGAAUGUGGAAUGGGUCAACCGCAAAGGUGCAUGGCUCAUCCAUCCCGCCCUUAUCUUCGCGGGCAAGAUGGUCAUCGACACCGUCCCAGGCAUGAGACAGGACAUCAGCUGGUUCGUGGUGAACCUCACGUAUCUAAGCUUAACAUACCUGAUGUUUCACUGGGUCACAGGGAUACCCUUCCAGUCCGAUCUGCAUGGCGGCGUGUAUGACGAGCUGACUCUCUGGGAGCAAAUUGAUCAGGGUGCCCAGUACACCCCAGCCAAGAAGUGGCUAAUGGUGGUGCCCAUUCUUCUCUUCCUCGCCUCGACUCACUACUCAGAGUACAACCCAUGGAUGUUUGCCAUCAACCUUACAGCUCUCCUCUUCGUGCUCAUCCCGAAGCUGCCACAGCUGCACCGCCGCCGCGUGCGUUUCAUGGUCGAGGACGAAGAUCUAUCGCAUGCAGGCACGCCCUCUGCUCCUGCCACGCCGCGUUCAGGCUCGUGCACUCCAACGAGCGAGUCGCACUUCAACAUCCCACAAAUCAGGACGCCCGACGCCAACAGCUUUGGCACGGAGAAGUAA